CUGAGAGAACUUGGCACUGAAGGAACCUGGUGACGCGACUGACCGAAACUCACGGCAAUCUGGGAGUUUUCACAUAGCAAUACAAGUCCUGCUCCACUAAUUUCUCCAAAUAACGCGGGUAAAUUGAGGACUAUCUCGCUCUCUCUGAACCCUGCGAUUACUACAGUACUCGAGAAGAAACACUCGAGGCGCAAGAAACAUCGCCAGAACUUGAAGAAGCCACGCAAAUCAGAAAAUAGACAGUCUUAACUCUUGAAGGUUUACAGCAUAGCAGUGCUCUGGGUUGAUUUCGGAGUGUCGGAAAGAGCGGAAGCAUGCAUGGAGGAGAUUUUGUCGUGGCGCUGCUCCUGGCGGUGGUGGUCGUGGUGAGCUGUGCGGCUCGGGGAGGGAAGGCGAACCGGAGAGUGUGUGCAGAUCUUCCCGAGGAGAUUCUGGAGCAGAGGUUCGGUCGCCUUUCUGUCGGAGUGCUCAGCGCUUUCCAUCACACACUCCAACUCACAGCAGAGCCUCAGAACUUGAGCUGCCCAUCAGCUGGUGUCCUGCAGCCCGUCCAGAGAUCCAGCAUUCCUGUGAAUCUGCGAAGUCUUUCACCAUGGGCGUACAGAUUGAGACACGACCCAGCCCGUUAUCCGCGCUUUAUUCCGGAAGCGUAUUGCCUGUGUAAGGGCUGUCUGAUGGGACCGAGCGGUGAGGAGAGUGAGGAGUACCGCAGCGUUCCGGUGCUCGUGCCCACCGCCGUGCUGCGCCGCGCAGGCUCGUGCGUUGGAGGCCGCCGCUCCUACACCGAGAGCUACGAGUCCAUACCGGUGGGCUGCACAUGUAUCCCAGCACUAAAGCCCGAGAAGAGCACACGCAGAGCCGUCCAAAACUCCAACAGACGAAAAAAAAAGUCAUAAACUAAACCAUUACAACGCACAUGCUGCUCAAAGUGCACACAAAUGUUGUUGUUUUUUUUUUUAAAAAAAAAGGCUUGUUUUUGGUGGAACCUGGUGCGUUAUUGUGUAGCCAAGUUACCAGAACAUUUAUCACAAUGUUUUAUCCAUUAUAAUGCUGCUGAAAGAAUGAUCCAAUCAGAUCUGACUGCACUGUACAGCUGAUAUAAAUGAGUGUAGGCUUCCCUUGCAUGUUCUUGAUCAGAAUAACUUUGUCUACAUGCAUGCAUAUGAUUAAGCUCUU